GCCUCCUAAGAGCAUCCUGUUCCGUAAGGCGACAGACACAGCCUACUGCUCAACGAGACCCUUGACACCCAGGCUCCAGCCAUUGUUUGUUUACAAUCAAUGCCCAUGCCCCAUUUAUGAGAACAAGUCGCGUUAAAAAUAAAGUUGUGAAAAGAGAAGCAGUAAAUUAGUAAGUAAAUUAUAUCGUAUUUAGAUUUAACAAAAGUGUGCCAAUAUACCUGAUUUUAGCAUAUAGUAAAAUUGCUAUAUAAAAAAAUUCGUAAGGUACAUUUGAUUCCAAGAAAAACUCUUCUCACAGCAGUUGUUUUUAAUUCAACAAAAGUAACCAUAUUACUAAUUUUAUGUUAAAAAGUAUGAAAAUAUAUAUCUAUAAAAAGUACUGGAGAUAACAAAAAAAACUUUGCUUUGCUGAUUUUUAUUGCUACUAAGCGAUAAUAAGAGGUUUUAAAUUUACCAUUGCAAAAUACUGAAAGAUCCUGGCAUAAACAAGAUAGUUGUUCAAGGAGUCCAGUUAUCUGAAUGCCUUGCUUGAAAUGUUUAGCGUUUUCUUUGCCUUUCCAUUACCUUGAUAAUGGCUGAUCCUUUAUCUGGUAUCGCUAUAAUAAUCUGCAUAGCAUUUGGUGUUUUGACAUUUGUGUUGCUUUUUAUAUUCGCAAACCGACAAAUUAAAAGAUUUUCUUUAAAAUCAAGACCUGGUCCUCAUACUCUUGUUGCUCAAGAUGCACCCAAAGACCUGUCCACAUAUAUAGAAUGAAAGCUUUAGAUUCAAUUUCUACUUUAGAUGCUGCAAUAUUGUCUGCCGACCCAUCUCGUAUUCGCCCGUAUAAUCAAGAUUAUAGGGUUUUCCUAGUUCGACUUUUUCAAAGUGGCCUUUUUGGUCAGUUAGAAAUUGCUACCAUUCAGAAGUACUGUGAUUUAUUUGAGAUAGCCAGGCAUGAACCCAUGGAAUUUAACAAAGAAGAUUUUAUACAAUUUACAGAACUGAUGUCACAGAUACAGCAAAGCAUAUCAACUAGAACCUCCAACAGACAACAGAACGUGAGCAGAACAGCUUCGUCUUCUCAUGACUCAUCCAGACAUUUUACUAAUGGUAAAGUCCCAGCUGUGCCUAGUUGCCUGCAGGUGGAAUCUACUGUUGAGGACAAAAAAGCAACUUAUGAGACAUCUGUCUAAGUCUCAAAUGCUUUGCAUGGUUGUGAAUGUUUUAUAUGGUUUGAAUCUUUCAAUUGUAUUAUGUGUUUUUUAUAUAUUUCAGCAUAGUAUUUAUAACUAAAUUCAUAUUUAUAAAUUGUUACGUUUGAUAGUGAGAUCUUUUACAAAAGACCCAAGUGAUUCUUUCUCCUCUCUAUAUGUAUGUGCCUUGGACCUUCUAAUCUUAAAAAUUUUAUAGUUCCAUGUGGUGUAAUUUAUCUUCUUUGUUAAGGGUUCUACAUAGAGUUCUAAAGAGGAUGAGUGAUUGGUUUGAGUGUUGAUAAUGAAGGAAUUUUUGCUUGAGAAACUAUAAUUUAAACUGUUAGAUAUAUUUAAUUUUUGACAAUGGCUAAAAUGUUUUUUUUUAUCAUUAAAUCUUGUGAGCAUUUUUAUGUAUUUAAAAAAUAUUUAAAAUAAAACAUUUUUAAUGAAGAUUAUCAUUUAAUUAUAAGUGUUAGAUAUUCUUCAAAUAAUUGACAGUUUUUUUCUUAAAGUCUUGUUGCAAUUUCAUAACGGAUAUCUUUCAAAUCCAAUACAAAGAUUUUACUAAUUAUAAGUUACUUAUUAAAUAAAAAGGAUAAAAAGCAGCUUAUACUUAUUUUAAAAAUUUGAUUUGAAGCAUGGUAUUAUUUGCACAAUUAUGCUUAUUAAAAUUCUGUUUCAAUGUUAUCUACAUGUUUUUUGUUGAUAAACUUAUAAUAAGGAAAUAACUGAUGAGCCAAAUAUAAGUAGGAAGUAAUAAAUUUUUCUCAGCUCAGAUUCUACUACGGAACUUAUUGGCCUCGAAUGGCUACACCUGUAAAAAAAACUCUUAAAAUAUGUUUAUAUUACAAGGAUAAUUAUUUAAUUUAAAUUGUAAUAUUAUGUAAUUGUAAUGUGAAUGAAACUAUCUCCACUUUUUAAGACACUUCUUUUUCCUUAAAAAAACGUUAAAAUUUUAUUUUAACUUGUUUUAUAUCUUUUUAAAACAUCCUUAUUUGUAAAGACGUAAAUAAUUAAAAGUAUUCAAAUAAAAAUUGAAUGUUUAAAAUAAAACAUCAUAACCAUUUUUAAAAUAUAUAUAUAUAUUGAUAAAUACUUCAAAUUCAUUUAAGUUUAAUGUAAAUGAAAUGUAACUUGAAUACUCUAAUAAAUUUUCUUGCCAUUUAAAAUAAAGUAUGUUUUAAUUACCAAGUAAUUUUUAUUUAUAUUAUGACAUUAUGCGUAAAAAUAUGAGUAUCAACACUAUAAUUAUACUAUUUUCAAGUGAUACAUAUUGAGUCUCUAAUCAGUUAACUUUCAGCUUAGUUCAGUUAGUUUUUGCUUCCCUGCGUAACAAGCAGGUUUUUCUGUAUGCUUCAAUAGACUAGUAUUGUAAAACAUUUAAAAUUAAAUCUAACAGUUAUUAUAAUGUGUGAAAAAUAAAUUUUAAAGUUGCAUAACUUGUUUAUAAAACAACCUUCUUAGUUGAAAGAUUCUGAUAACUUUUUAAAACUUAAUUCAUGUAAAAUUGCAUGAAAAGAUUUUAGACUAAAUUUAAAAAUGCAAAACAAAUGUUUAAAAAAUAGUUUGUUUCAGUUUAUAAGUUGUAAAAGUCAUAUACAUUUAUAUUCUCAUGCUUUAUAUUUUGGAUUUUAAAUUUAAAUUUUUUUUCCCUUUUAUAUUAUACUUCAGAUGUGUUUAUCUCUAUGAUCAGAUGAUAACAUUGAUUGUGAUUUGCAAGUUUCAGCAGAAUGAUUUAUAGUUUUAAAGACCAUUUUCUUUUAGAUGAAUUUCUCUUUUGGGAAAAACAGUUUAUUUCAUUGAUAAGUGAAUUAGGUUUUAAAAAUGUUAAAUAUUUUGAUGUAAUUUACUGUAGCGUUAAUUAGAGUAUCAUUCUGGGUUGCUGGAUUUUAGCCAGGCCAAAGAAGGCUGCUUGUUUCUUUUUCUUGGCUUAAACCACCUGAAACAGACCGGCUAAGUUUAAGAAAAGCUUUCUUUUAUCAGAACUAAUGUUUUGCAAAAACUUUUAUAUUGUAAAAAAUAUAUAAAGCUGUUAAUUAAUUACUACAUCGAUGUGAUUGUAUGUUGGGAACAAUUUGGUACAUUAACUUUGCACUUUUAAAACAGUUUGAAGCAACAGCUUUAACAAUGGAAUACUAAUUUUAAACUACUCAAAACUACAAUUAACUAAAAUAUAAAACCAACUCAUUUAACGCAGCAUAAGUAUAUGAGUAAUACAAAGUAAAUUAUAAUUAUUAAUUAUCCAAUUUUUUAAACAAAAUACAAUAAUAAUUUCAUAUAAAUCAUGCACAGUUUUAUAGAAAAUGCCCAACUUAUAAAAGAUUUAGUAUAGUUUUAAAAAUUAAUUAUUCUGAAUCAAUUUAAAGUACACUUAAAACUAAACUCGGUAUCACGACAGUCCAAAAGGGGCCAAGACCUAUUGUGCCCAUCUCAGUUUUCUUAACCUUGGGCACUGGAUUGAAGGAGCAGAUGUUCCGGCAGGGUUGUCAGCCAAGCGUGAAAAUGUUUAGUUCCUAAGUAU